GUUCCAAAAUUGCGUGAUUUGGCCAUAUUCAAGUCAUAUUUUAGCCAAAAUCGGUCGGACUUCGCCCGACUUUUACUCUAUGCCGGACCGCUUCCGCGCUCUGGAGCUCGAUUUUACUCUAUUUUCGGACCGGAAAUCCAAAAAUUUUCGGCCAACUUUUACUCUAUUCCGGACCGACCUAGUACGGAGGGUCCGCGGGCCUACCCAGGCCUUUUUGCAAUCGUUGAGUCCGAUCGCUCGACCUGCAGUAUCCGACUGUACUGCCAGGACUGGACCCGUGCAGCGGUGUCGGCUUGUCCCUUUCCUGGCCCCGCCCUUUCUCACGUGACCUCGACCGCUCUCUAUCUCUCUCCUUCUCUCGCGCCCUAGCAUUCUCCUUUGUCCCUCUUGCCCUGUCCCUAUCUCGCUCACGAUCUCUUUCUCCGCCGCCCCGCUCUCGCUUUCCUUCGGAAUCUCUCGACCGACGAGAUGCGCAUUCCUCUCGUCGAUGCGCAGCAUGUGUGAAGUUUUCGUAGUGAUGACGGGGGUGGGACUGAGGUAGCUCCGGAAGCGGACGGUGUGGGUGCUGCUGCUGAUACACUUGUGCGGUGGCCCGACUCCCUGGUGCAUUGCCGUUUGCGUUCGCUUGUUUCGGAGGCGGAGACAUCGGCAGCCCAGCCCAGACAGGCGGCAGUAGCGGCACCUGAGAUUUCGAGUGUCCCACUGCUGCUUCCGCCGAAGACACUCCAGCAUUCGCAGGUCGGUGAGGCUGGUGCCCCACAGACGCCGGGUCCCGCGGAGCGAGAUCCUGCAUCCGUGCGACCCGCGAUGGGCGGACAGGCGGCUGCACGGGCAGCACGUCGCGCAUGCGCUUGAUUCCGAGUAUGAAUCCCUGUCGGAUAAGCUGCCGGUCGCGCUCUGACACGGCGUUCUGGAUGGAUUGCUGGAUGCGGCGGUACUCGGUGUCCAGCUGGGCGGAGGAGAGGAGCGCCAGGUCGGGGAGGAUGAGGGACGCGGGAGUGCCGUGUGGCACUACUGGCAUCGUGAUGGAGUUGAAUGAGUGCAGAUCGUGCGGAGCAUGCCUGUUUCCUGUCUUUUAACACCCCGGGCCCUCAAAGGGAAAU